GAUUGGUUUUUUUUUUCUUUUUACCAAAAUCGUGGGAAAAAUUCCUUACAACCAACCCCUUUGUGCCCAUCAAACAAAAGUACUAGAAAAUAAAUAAAUAAAAUAAUUUAAUUUAAUUUUUUUUGUCCAGAAAAGUACAGAAAAAAGAAAAGCAUAUGUAUCAAACUUGAUACAAUAAAACUGAAAAGAAUGGUGAAAGAGAAUAAUUGAUCAUUGCAAAAUCAGUCUAAAAAGAAGAUCAUUAACUGGUCCCCCACAUUAUAACAAAAUCUCACACACACACAUAUAUAUAUAUAUAAAAGCCCAUAUAUAGAUAUAUACAGUCUUCAGUCCCCUCCUAACCCACACCAUAACCUACCAACUCACCAUUUUCUUGAUUUUUGCUAAUUCCUUUUUCCUACUCAAAAAAGUUUUGAUCUUGAAACUGCUUAUCCAUCAAAUUUCAGCUUUUUUCAAGAACCAAGAAACAGCAAAAAAGAUUAGGGUUUUCAGGGUACAAACACAUCUCCACAAAGUACAACAACACACACAAGAAAACAAACAUGUAUGAACAAAGCAGUGAUUUUGAUCAAACCAUGAAUUUACACGAACAAGAAGAAGGAGGUGGAUUAAUGGGUCAAAACGACGUCGUUAAUUACCCAAUAAUCUCAAAUCAAGAAGUUGCCGCCAUGGAAAUGGAGCUCCACCACCAACUCAACCUCGAAAUCGAACACUGCUUCAACAACAACAAUGGCGGCCAACAAAUCAACAACAGCAACAACGAUUCUUCAAACAGCUGGCAAUUAGAACAAAUGAACGCAGCUUUCAAUCUCGAAAAUCAAAAUCAAGAUCCGAUUUUUAACACUGCUCAAUACCCUACCACAACUGAUUUACUCAACAUUUUCCCUUUCCCAAAAUACCCUUCUCUCCUCUCAAACUCCUCAAUCAGUUUUUCAACCCAUAAUAAAAAUUCGAGCAACAACAAUUUCUUGGCUUCACUUGGGCUUUUGGGUGAGAUAAACCCUAAUGUAGGCGGCGACGGAACUUCUGCCUCGGGUAGCGUGAUUUACGACCCGUUGUUGCCGUUGAAUCUGCCCCCACAGCCCCCUUUGCUGAGGGAUUUGUUCCACUCUUUGCCGAAUAAUUAUACGAAGAAUGGUGGGUGUAGCUUGUUUGGUAAUGUGGAUGAGAGGGAUAAUAAUAAUAAUCAUGGAAAUGUGGGAUUGAUGUACCAAAACGAUAACGGGGUUUUCGAGUUUACGGCCGCCGGAGAAAUCGACUGCGUCGGUAAAAGUCGAGAUGGGAAAGAUACCAAACACUUUGCCACUGAGAGGCACAGAAGGCUUCUCUUGAAUGACAAAUUCCAAGCCUUGAGAAAAUUGAUUCCAAAUCCAUCCAAGGACGAUAGAGCUUCGAUAGUUGGAGACGCGAUCAACUAUAUAAACGAGCUGAAGAGGUCAGUGGCUGAGUUGAAACUGCUGGUGGAGAAGAAGAGGUGCAGCAGAGAGAGAAUGAAGAGGCCCAAGACGGAAAACGAAAACGAAUCGAAUUCCCUCGGUAAUUUGGAAAGUGGUUCGUCGCUAAGGAGCUCUUGGCUGCAACGGAAAUCGAAGAACACUGAAGUCGACGUGAGAAUCGUGGACGACGAAGUUACGGUGAAGCUCGUGCAGCAAAAGAGAAUCAAUUGUUUGCUUUUCGUGUCGAAAGUUCUCGAUGAACUCCAAUUGGAUCUUCACCAUGUUGCUGGAGGGCUUAUUGGGGAUUAUUACAGCUUCCUAUUUAACUCCAAGAUUUGUGAAGGUUCAAUUGUGUAUGCAAGUGCAGUGGCAAACAAGCUGAUUGAAGUUGUGGAUAAACAGUAUGCUGCAAUUCCACCAUCUAGUAGCUAUUAGAAAAUCUUGGAGGCCCUUCUCUCUAAUAUAAUAUAUAUACAUAUAUAUAGAAGGGUAAAAUUGUCCGAAGCAAUUAGGGUAUUAUAGUGAAGUUAAUUCCAAAGAAUUCCAUUUAUCUUGAAAUAUGUAAUAAUAAAAUUUAUGGACAAGUAUAAUUAAAUGUUGCAGAAACAUACUCAAAUUUACAAUUUC